AUCCUCACUUAUUGACAAGAUUUUACUAAGCGCAUACCAUUUAUGAUUUUUUUAUUUAGUGCAGUUCUUUUACUCGUGAACGGAUUUCUAGAUCAGUCUAAAGCAGUAAAAAUAUUUACAUCAUUGACGUGUGUUGUGACAAAAAAUAAAUUAAAGGGUUGAUAAAGGUGUUUAUUCGUUGUAAAAAAUCGUUUAAAUGAUUGUGUUUUAUAAUAUGAGAAAACUUUAGACGCUUCUACAAUGACGAUGCAGCAAAUCUCCAGAUAAACAUAUCGAUCCCUAAUACUUGUGAUUAUAUACGGAACUAAGACAUUAUCCGCGAAACCUUGUUCUCUACGGGAAAGUAAAUCAACGGAUUUACUAAAAAUGUUAGUGUUUACGAGGUCACACAUUUUAGUGGUCUAGUUGGACCAUUUCGUUCGUAACGGCUUAAUUUUAUAUGCGUUCGGAAUGUUUAUAAGCGAUUUUCUGACGCUGUUCUGUUGCGACCGCGAGAACAAGGAGGCUGGGACUUCGCAGGGUGGUCAUGCGCUGCCCUUGGAAAGUUUUAAGUUCACGUUGCCAGCGCGGGCUGACGCGGUGGUGGAGCUGUGGCGGUCCAAGAUGGCGGAUGGGGUGCUCUCGCCGGCGCACUUCCAGGACCACUGGCGCGUCACCGUGCCCAGGAUAUACUCGCCGCAGCCGAACAGGACUUGCCUAGACUGGUCGUUCGACGAGGAGCUGGCGACGAAGCUACUGAUUCAGCCAUUGGAGCAGUUCAUAUGGGGCACCACGGAGGGUUCGCAGCCCGCGCCGCCGCGCCGCUCCACGCUCUGCGGCCGCGUCUUCAAGCAGGGCGAGCCGGCGUACAGCUGCAGGGAAUGUGGUAUGGACAACACGUGCGUGCUGUGCGUGGAAUGCUUCAAGGUGUCCGCGCAUCGGCACCACAAGUACAAGAUGGGCCAGUCCGGCGGCGGCGGCUGUUGCGACUGCGGCGACACCGAGGCGUGGAAGCGCGAUCCGUUCUGCGAACUGCACGCUGCGUCAAAAGACGGCGAGGCGGAGGCGAGCGUGAGCCCUGACGUGGUGGAGCGCAUGAAGAUCGUGGCCACGGUGUGCCUCACGUACUGCCUCAGGCUGCUGACCCACGACCACGCGCCCAACCUGCCCAACGAUCUCAGACUGAAAGACGGCGAGAAGGACCUGGUCCUGCAGAUCCUGGAGCAGCCGGACUGUUUCUGCACAGUGCUGUACAACGACGAAACGCACACCUUUGAACAGGUGAUAACAACGUUAAUACGCGUGACGAAAUGCAACCACCGCGACUCCGUGGAGCUGGUCAGCCUCAUCGACCGCGAGGGGCGCGCGCUCAUCAAGUGCCACACCUUCCAGGUCUGCGACAAGCUCAAGACGGACAUCGAGAUCUGCACGGCGAUGUUCGAAAGGUUCACGACGCGCCAGGGCUCCGCGCUCAAAGUGCUCGUCAUGCACGCGCACGUCAUCGCGCACCAGACCUUCGCCAUGAAGCUGCUGCACUGGCUCCAGAAUUUCGUAAGUCAAGAGCCGCAGCUGCGCCUCGCGGUGAGCCAGGUGGCGCUGGGCGAGGAGUGCUGGGGCUCGGCCACGGCGGUGGGCGGUGGCGGCGUGGCCGUGGGCGUCAUGCAGAACGACUUCCGCAUGUGGAAGGCGGCCAGGACCGCCUGGCACCGCCUGCUCAUAGCCACCACACUCAUGGACUACACCACCAAGCGGACCAUGGCUAUACUCUUCACCAAGAACUAUGGUUCGAUUCUCAAAGACUUCAUCCGUGACGACCACGACCAUUCGUUCUCCAUAUCGUCGCUCUCAGUCCAGUUGUACACUACACCGACUCUUGCGCAUCAUCUCAUCGCCAAACAGGACGCGUUGUUCGUCGUACUUAACACCUUCGUCAGCGAGUGCAAUCGACGGUGCACUAAUGGUCGUCUAGAAUUCGAUCGCAACCACGUCUCAAUACCGUUCAAGCGAGCUCAGUUCAUCCUGUAUGACGUGAAGUAUCUUCUGGGAUCGGUGCCGGCGACGUUCGACGACGACCUGCGCAAGGGCUUCGUGCACGGGCUGUCGCUCAUGCUCAACCUGCUUGUGAUGAUGCAGGGCAUGGACUCAGUGGUGAGGCAGAUGGGCCAGCACAUGGAGUACGAGCCGGAGUGGGAGAGCGCGUUCAACCUGCACGUGAAGCUCGCGCACAGCAUCACGCUGUCGCUCGAGUGGUGCGCGGCAGAGAAGCAGCUCGCCGUCGCCGCCUACCGCAUGGCGCUGCGCAGGCACGCCGAGACUUACACGCCGCCCGCUAAAGUGCUCAGAGAGUUGGGCGGACAGAGUGCGCUGGUGAUCCCAUAUGACGUGUCCGUUAAGGCGGUGUCCAUCCACCGGCCGCUGUCGCGCUACAUCGCCGGCUUGCACUUACUGCUGCACCGCCACGGGCUGUCGUAUCACAGCCGCGAGUUCGACAGGCAGGACAAGCCGAAGCCGACGCCUGAGGAGCUUAUAGAGCCGGUGCUGCAGACGAUGGCGAUGAUCGCGCAGGUGCACGCGGGCAUGUGGCGCCGCAACGGGUUCGCGCUCCUCAACCAGCUGUUCUUCUACCACAACGUCAAGUGCCGCACAGAGAUGCUCGACCGAGACGUCGUUAUGCUGCAGAUCGGCGCAUCCCUAAUCGAGAGCAACGAGUUCAUAAUCCACGUGCUGAACAAGUUUAAUCUCCUGGGCUGGGCGUCGGCGGACUUCGAGCAGCGCGAGGUGGAGGACGACACGCUGCGGCACACCAUCAGCAUGGUCGAGGAGUUCCUCGGACUGCUCAUCACUAUUGUCGGGUCGCGGUACGUGCCCGGCGUGGGCGAGGUCACCAACGAGGACAGGACCAAGAAGGAGAUCAUACAGAUGCUCUGCGUCAAGCCGAUGCCGCACUCGGAACUCAACAGAUCCUUACCGGAAGACCAGCUCCACGAGACAGGUCUGGAAGCGGUGAUCCACGAGGUGGCGGAUUUCAUAAAGCCCACGGGGGGCAACAACCGCGGCGUGUACAAGCUGAAGCCACACCUGUACGACGAAUACGAUACGUUCUUCUACCACUACACGCGCGAGGAGCUGUCCAGGAGCGAGGAGGAACAGAGGAACAGGAGGAAGGCUGCUGGUCUGGGCGAGUGCUGCCCGCCGCCGGCGCUGCCGCUGCUGAGCGCGCCCUUCCGCCUCGUGGCGCACCUGCUGCAGAGCGACGCCGCGCUGCACGUGCUGCGCACCGUGCUGCAGCGCGCCCGGGACCUGCGCGCCAGGUCCUUCUCCGAGACGCAGGUGCACAAGGCGCUGCACCUGAUGGGCUACGCGGUCCGCGACGAGGAGAGCGGGCACUACGAGUUCCUGGCCUUCGCGGAGAGCGCCGCCCGUGCCGGCCUGGUCACCCUACUGCAGCAGCUCAUCGCCAGCCCCAGGGUCGACGCGCACCGACCCCUCGCCAAAUGGGUGCUGCACCGGAUCAAAAAUCUGUUGGGUCAAGGCGACGAGCACGUCGGCGAUGGAGAGAACAUGGAGGUAGACCAGGAGGAGAAGCCUGCCACUGAUGAGGCAGCAGAAGCUGAGAAAACUCGUCGCGCGAAGUUUGCAGCAGAGCGUCGUGCCAAACUGAUGGCGCAGAUGAAAACACAAAUGAACAAUUUCAUUUCAAACAACGCGACUCUCUUCGAGGAGACUAAUACUGAGGUGACGGCGGAGGAGCAAGACAUCCGCCCGCUGUACUGCGGCGCGGCGCUGGGCGUGUGGGGCGGCGGCGUGCCCGAGCCCGUGCGCACCUGCAUCAUGUGUCAGGAGGAGGCUCGCGUGGAGGCGAUGGGCGACCCGCUAGUGCUGGUGGCGUUCGUGCAGCAGUCGCGCGUGCUGGACCGCAGGCGCGGCGCGGGCGCGGCGCCGCCCGGCGCGGGCUCGUGCGCCACGCUCGCGCCCGGCCUCGGCGCGCAGCCGCACGUGUCCUCCUGCGGGCACGCGCUGCACGCGCGCUGCUGGCGCAAGUACGUCGACAACGUGCAGGACAAGGAGAACCGCAGACCUUACCGCAUGCGCCAGCCAGCAGCUUUCGACGUCGAAAAGAAGGAAUACCUAUGCCCCCUCUGCGAGCGACUGUGUAACACCGCGCUCCCACUCCUGCCGGGUCCCAAUAUCCCCAGCGGCACGCCACCACCCCUCAAUGAGGAAAUGUACAGUGACUCAGUAAACAUGAUCCUCAAGCUGAAGCACCAAGUGUGCGCUGCGUCGGUUCAUGUGUGCACGGAGAUCUGCGAGGACAUGCACUGCCAGGCCCGCGCGAGGAGUGUCGGCGCCAUGUCUUCGGAUAUGGAGGAGGAAUCCGCUGACGAGACGGAGGUGUAUGUGUCCACACACUCGGAGAACCUGCUGUCGCCAGAGUUCCUGGCGCAUUUUGAGGGCGAGAUACCGAACUACAAUGUCAACACUAAGCUACUCAUUCAGGAGUUUGCUGAUGUCCUGCCGGUAUCAGAGAGCGGUGAUAUGGCAGCCAGCGCCGCGCUGUAUCGCGCCACAGCAUAUACUAUCAUCAGCACAAACGUGCUGCUCCAGGCAGAGAACAGGCCGCUCCUGGUAGAGGUGCCGUCCAGACUCCGUGACGCUCUCCAGGCGCUGAUCAGGCUCACCGCUGUCGUACCCUCCAUCUGGUCCUCACCGAAACACUUGGCGCACCACGCUCUCAGCAGCCUCAACACCCUGGAGAGCACCUCGCCACUCACCCACGAUGUGUUCGGCACCAUGGUUGCCCUGGUUCUCACUGCUCCGUCCAUGUUUUGCAAGCAAGGCAGCACCGCCAGGCCGACGCACCUGGCGCGCCAGAUAACGCUGCAAGCACUGCGGGCGGAUCUAUUCCGCGCGCUCCUAGUCACUGAUGUGUCAUCCUGCGCUGAACCCAUGGAAGGCCAGGAGACUUUCAACGCGAAGCCAGACCUGGAGAAUCUGCUAUCGAUAAUGAAAGAAAUACGACGAGGAAACCUGCCAGACGGACUUAAUCCUAAUGACGUAUGGGACAAGAUCAAGAAACAGUGCCAUCCCUUCUUGAGGUGUUGCUGCAUAUUUUAUCAUUUUCUGAGCGACAUCAACCCGCCCACAGAACUGACAGUGCCAGAAGGUGACACCUGGGAGGUGAUGUGUGGCUACUUAGAUCUGCCGACUACAUUCAAGGACUUGAUAGACAAUCAAACUGCCAAAAAGAAGUUUAACGAAUGGGGAGCGCAAUCGAAUGAUUGGUUUACGGGAGAUAUACUUCCAGAAACAGUUGUGUCUCCUAGCGAACCGCCGCGACUGAUCUCCUUGCCAGAAGACUUCUCGGAGUUGAUGAAUCUUGUGUCUGACUAUCCAUGUCCAAAUUCAGACCGUGAAGAUAGCAAGAACCCCACGGUGUGUCUCGUGUGUGGCCAGAUAAUGUGCUCGCAAAGUUAUUGUUGUCAGGCGGAGAUACCCAAGGCGGGUCGCAGCGGCGGCAGCGAGCGCGUGGGCGCGGUAGUGGCGCACGCGGCGGUGUGCGGCGGCGGCGUGGGGAUGUUCCUGCGUGUGCGCAGCUGCGAGCUGUUGCUGGUCGCGGCUCCUGCGCGUGGCGCUAAACUCCCCGCGCCAUACCUCGACUCCUACGGCGAAACUGAUCAGGGUCUGAACCGCGGCAACCCGCUGCACCUGUGCCCCGAGCGGUACGAGUCGCUGCGCACGCUGUGGCUGAGCCACUCGCUGCACGAGCGCAUCGCCCGCGCCCUCGACACCAACAUGCUCGCCACCAUCACCUGGCAGAAUUUCUGAUUCACCUUCCGCCAGCUGCAGCAAGCCGUGCGGAGGAUACGCCGGAUGUCCGGACCGCAGCCGCCGCGACCCGCUCGGGGAACGUGAACUCAUGUUGGACAAUGUCGCAAUGUUAAACACCAUUAUUACCAGUUUUGCUGAACACUUAAUUAUAUAUCAAAUAACAGCGACGGUAUAUGUCGUCGUUAAAUUUUUACUCGACGUUAUUAUACGUCAUGCCAAAUUCUCUUGUACCGUUAACAUGUUAUUCGGUCGUAGUAUAAUCAUAGUAAAAAUUUUCCAUGUCAUGUUUAUACUGUCUUAGUAGUUUGGGUUACACUGGAGUUUUUAAAAAUCAUAUUACGAUAAAUAAAUGUGAGCAUUAAAUAUAUCUCGCAAUUAGUAUGUGUUCCGUUGUCACUAUCUUGUUGUAAUGUCUACUGUCUAUGUUAUAUUUAAAUAAAUAUUUCUCGUCGUAAACGGUUCAUGGAAACCAAAAUUAUUGACUUACUGGAAUUUAACGUUAUAGGAUAAAGAAUUGUUGCUUACGAUGUGUACUAAUACUUAGGCAGCGAAUUGAAUGUUAGUUUAAUACAUUGGGAAAAGUGAUUCAUUUAUGCUUACCAUGAAAGUUAUAUUCCAGAGUAGAUAAAGUUGAUUUAUCAUAAAGUCAGCAUGUUUUGUCGCGGUAAGCUAAUUUAUAAAUUAUGACAAAUAAUUUUCCCAUGUUGAUUUGCUGUGGAUUAAGGUUAACCAAAUUUUUGUAAAUAAUAAUGCUUAUAACUGUCGUUUAGUACAAAACGACAAUAAAUAAAUAAAUAUGAAUUUUAUUGACAUUGUCGUACUUAGUUUAGAUAUUCAACGGUUUAUAAAUUACAUAAACACCAGUUUUUAGGACACUAACAUUUAUUUAGACGUACGUGUUCUUCAGAAAUGUUCAAUAGGGUCGUUAACCGUUGAGUUUUUUGUCUCUUUCACUCUCACGACUUUCAUAGAGAAAGUGACAAAAUAUCGAUAAACAAUUCUAUUGAACAUCGCGAACUUUGCAAAUUAUUUAGGCUGUAUAGCUUUCAUCUUCUACUUAGUAUAAAACAGAAGUGGAUAUAAGAUCAAAUCUCAUGAAUAAAAAGAAUGGUUAAUGAAUUUUGUAGCAUCAAUAAAAUAGAAAGAAAAUAAAGUUAUGAAGUUCGUCACGAGCAUAAAUUGAAAACAUGAUUUUGUGUUAUUGAUUCUUUGUGAAAUUAUAAAUUUAGAAAUGGUCUCAUAAAUGCUAGCGUGUCACAAUAUAAUGAUUAAAGUAAUAAGAGAUAAAAUUGUCCAUCAUGGCCGAUUUGUGAAGACUUCAUACGUAUUAGAAUAAACACCACCUUCGUGGAUAAAUGAAAUUUAUUAAAUUUGUCUGUUUUCACAAGAACUUUGUAUUUGUAGUGCGAUUUUUGGUUCAGAAUUUAAAUGUAUCAAAACUUGGCAACUAUUAUGCAGCUCAAUAUAAAUUGAUUUAAAUUAAGAUAAUGUAUUCUAGCCUAAAUAUGCUUGUUACUAUUCAUAUGUUUCGAAUAUUCAAUACAGCUUAAUAUUUUUAAAAGUUUUAAUAAUAACCGUCUAUAUAUUCAGUAAUGAUAGGCCGAUUUCUUCGCUCAUUAACUAUGUCGAGGAGCUUGUAUGUUAUAUGAAAAUAUAAUUUUUCAUUAUCCAAGUUAUGCAAUUAGUUUUGUACAAACGUUUAGGCCAAAUAUGAGAUUAAUACAGAUGUAUUAUUUCUUCACCUAGAUUGUCCAAAGAUGUUCCUAAAUUUCAAAAGGUAUUUUAUGUACAGUCGAAGAUAAAAGUAGCUGAACAAAUUAAAAAAUUUAAAAUGCUUCCACACAUUAAAUUUAAUCGAAAUUUUCUUUUUUGUUUUUAUAAAAUAAAUUAAAUAUAUGAAGUUUAUUUUAAUCAAUAAAAAAACACUGUUAUAUAAAAAUAACAUACAACAAUACAAACGCUAAAAGGUGAUUCGAAAUUUUGUAUUUGUUCAACUACUUUUGUGGCUGACUGUACAUGAACUUUUUACUCAUUUUCAUUUAGUGUAAAUAUGCUGGGAUUUUGUCACAUUUACAUGCUAUAAAAAAUCCAAGUUGAUACUUUCCAUUUCACCAAACAAAUUUUCCACACUUGGAGCCUGUUCCGCAAGUUCUAAGUAAAUGCUACCUGUUACAUAAAUAUAUAAACCCAAAUACAAAAGUCACACUAAUCUAUGCUAGCAAAUGAAUGGUGAUAGUUAGUACCAUCUACCUUAGCUGUUUGAUAUGAUAACUAAAAAAAAUUGCUUGAAAUUUGUGAAACAAGUCCUGAGUUAAAGAAUGACCUAACUCACUAAAUGUAUCAACUAAGAAUUGUGAUAAAAUGAGGCAUUUUACACCAAUAAUUACUGUUGUAUACUAUUUAUUCAUUGAAUACGGAGUUUAUUUGUCUUGAUUGUUAAAUUUGUAAAACACAAUAUUGAAUGCAAAAUCUCGCAGUUAGUAUCAUUGUUUAGCAUUUCACUUAUAGUAUGUAAAAUUUUGUCUUAUAUCUACAGAUUACGGUGAUAUUUUGUGUUUUUAAUUAUCUAAUGGUUGUAAUAACGAUUAGUUAUUAAAUCUAUUAAUAUAAAUAAAAUUAUUAUGAAAUAGA